AUGAGCAACGCAAUCCUUUCUAGUACAUGGUCGGCAUCCACAGUGCUGGUAACUGGCGCGGCGGUCUUGGUGCUGCUCCGCGGCCUAUACCUCGUGGUUUACCGGCUCUACCUCAGUCCGCUGGCCAAAGUCCCUGGACCUAAGCUGGCGGCGCUGUCGAGCUGGUACGAAGCAUACUAUGACCUGGUCAGCGAGGGCCACGGCGGCCAGUUCGUCUUCCAGGUCAAGCGGUUGCACGAGAAGCACGGCCCCAUCGUGCGGGUCGGCCCGAACGAGGUCCACAUCGACGAUCCGGACUACUACAACGAGGUGUACAGCACGGCGUCACCCACCAAACCCAUCGACAAGCUGGUCCAAUACAAGCACCGGUUUGGCAUGCCCGAGGCGACCAUCAGCACGGUCCAGUCGGAGCAUCACCGCAUCCGUCGGGCGGCCAUCGCGCCCUUCUUCUCGCGUGCCCGCAUCAGCUCGCUGGGGGACACGCUGACAGAGGUGAUCGAACGCAUCUCGCGCCGGCUGGGGAGUGAAUACGCCGGGUCGGGGGCGGUUAUUAACGUGUGCGACAUGUGGGGGACGCUGACGGCCGACGUGGUGUCGGAGAUGGCCUUCGCGCGCUCGACGCGCUUCUCCGCCGCCCCAGACUUCCAGUCGCCCUACUCGCAUGCCCUGAUGAGCUGGGUCUACGCCGCCCACUACACUACCCACUUCAACUGGAUCAUGCGCAUGACCCAAUGGAUGCCGGACUCCAUUAUGGGGGUUUUGGUGCCCUCUUUCAAGCCCAUCCUAGACUAUCGCGUGGCUAUCCAGCGGCAGAUCAAGGAUGUGCUGGCGGGCACUAACGUCGAGUCCAAGGCGGCCGCUCAUCCCACCAUCUUCACGGACAUCCUGCAGGCCAACCUUCCCCCCGCGGAGCUCUCCUUCCAUCGCCUAACGCAGGAGGCCAUGAGCGUCAGUGGAGCAGGCAUCGAGACCACGAUGUGGACACUGUCGGUGGCCACCUUCCACAUCCUCUGGAAUCCCGCCAUCGAGCAGCGGCUGGUCUCUGAGCUGGUGGAGGCGAUGCCCGACCCGGACCAGAUCCUCUCCUGGGCGCAACUGGAGAAAUUACCCUUCCUAUCAGCCGUCAUCAGCGAAUCCUUGCGACUGUCAUUCGGCUCAGUCCAGCGGCUGCCACGGGUGCACCGCAACCAGACUCUGACGUAUGGCGGGUGGCAGAUCCCCGCGGGCACGGCCGUCAGCAUGGACGCCUACCACAUUCAUGUCAACCCGGAUAUCUUCCCGGAUCCGCACGAGUUCAAGCCGGAGCGGUGGCUGGGGGACCCGAUGAGCUUUGAUGGCAAGCACCGGCUGUCGUACUAUCUGACCUCCUUCAGCCGGGGCUCCCGCGUGUGUAUCGGCAUGCAUCUAGCCUUGAUGGAUAUGUACGUGGCGUUAGCAACCCUGUUCCGUCGUCACAAGCUGGAGCUGUUCGAGACGGACCGUAGUGAUGUGGACUUCAUCAUGGAUCUGGUGCGGCCGAUGCCCAAAUGGGAUUCCAAGGGGGUGCGGGUCAUUGUGAAGGCGUGA